AUGGACGGUAGCCGCAAAAUUUUCCGUAACAACAUCGAGUUCGAUGCACCACCACGGUUGGGUUUCAUCGUAGACAACAGCCCCGAUCAGGUGCCGGCUUGCAUUGUGUCCCAAUUGCUCUAUCUCGGCUCACAGGAUUGCGUGCGGGAUGAAGUGCUGGAGAAGUACGGCAUUACGCAUGUGCUCAGCGUUGGCAUCGAAACACCACCGAUCGUGCAGUACGACUGCGAUGGCCAGCGUAUUGUAGAGACGAUGUUUGUCGAAUGUUUGGACAUACCGGAGACUAACCUGGCGGAGGUGCUGGUAAAAACGAACGCUUUCAUCGACGAGUGCCGAGCGCGCGGUGGGCGUGUGUUGGUCCAUUGCAAUGCGGGAGUAUCGAGGUCGACGGCGGUAGUGACGGGUUAUCUGAUGCAGCGAUGCGAUCUAUCCUUCAUGCAAGCGUUCGGGAUGAUCAAAAGCAAGAGACCAUGCGUGCAACCGAAUGCUGGUUUUAUUAAACAACUCAAGCAAUUGCAAUCGUAG